AGUAUCCAUCUCAUGCUACUUCUCCAUCUCCACAAUCAUCCAAAUUUCCAAAUCAGCCACCCUGCAAAGAAUCCCCACCCAAACCCACACAUCGCUCCUCCAAAUUUGGCUUCCCAAACACCUCUUUGCUGCAGCAGUCCAGCCAGCCCCAGCUAGUGCCAGCACUCCCCCUCUUUUUUCAUCACGGAGAGAGACAGAAAGUGGCAGCACUCACAAAGUCACAAGGCACUCACGAAGUCACAAGGCUGAAUCCCAAAUCCUACUCUUAUUAUCAUCUUGUCUUGCUGCCUCCCCUGUGCCUCCUGCUCUCCAAGCUCCCACACUCCCGAGAAGAGAAAGAAAGGGAGAAAGCUUCUAGCUUUGCCUCCCCCGUCCCCCCUGCUGAAAUGUGAUGCUGCCAUCCAUCCGAUUGCUUCUAGUUUAGUCCCCCACUUCGCUCCUCUCCUGUUAUGGGCUCCGGCGAGGUGGAUGGAUGCGCAUUGGAGCAGCAGUAACGGCGGCGAAGCAGGCGGGGGAUCUGGAUCCGAGGCACCACCACCGGGUUCCUCACGGAGGCGACGGCGCAGGCGGCGGCGGCGGAGGAGGAGGAGGAGGCCAGCAAGAAGCGGAUGAGCAGCACCGCCACCAUCGGCUGCUGCAGCUCCACCAAGAAGCGCAGGACCAAGAGCCUCCUGUCCCCGUCUUCCAGCUCCAGCACCUGCAGGCGACGGCCGUGAGGCAGCGGGGCUUGUCCGCCGAGUAUGCCCAUCUCGCGCCCAUGGGCGACGCUGGCCAGUCCCACCACCACGGGUUCCAGUCGCAGUUCCUGUCCUUCGGAGGAGUCGGCCAGCACCACCUGCACCAGUUCACGGCGCAGGCGCAGCAGCCUGCGGCGGGCGCGGCGUCUCACUCGCGGUCGCGAGGACGAGGUGGAGGCGGCGAGAUUGUGGCGGCGACGUCCGCAUCGCACUCGCGCGUGAGAGGCGGCAGCGGCGGCGGGGAGAUCGUGGCGGUGCAGGGAGGGCACAUUGUGCGGUCGACAGGGCGGAAGGACCGGCACAGCAAGGUCUGCACGGCGCGCGGGCCGCGCGACCGGCGCGUGCGGCUGUCGGCGCACACGGCCAUCCAGUUCUACGACGUGCAGGACCGUCUGGGCUACGACCGCCCCAGCAAGGCUGUGGACUGGCUCAUCAAGAACGCCAAGGACGCCAUCGACAAGCUCGAAGUGAUGCCUGCGUGGCAGCCUACGGCGACUAAUUCCAAUGCCGCCGCGCCGCCGUCCUCCUCGACCCACCCCGACUCCGCCGAGAACUCCGACGACCAGGCGCAGGCCAUCACCCUCGCGCACACGGCCUUCGACUUUCCCGGCGGCGGAGGAGCCACGGGUGGCGGCAGCGGCAGCGGCACAGGCUUCCUUCCGUCGUCGCUAGACUCGGAUUCUAUCGCCGACACGAUCAAGUCAUUCUUCCCCAUGGCCGGCUCGGCAGGAGGAGAGGCAUCGUCUUCCACGGCUGCGGCGCAGUCGUCGGCCAUGGGCUUCCAAAGCUACACACCUGACCUCCUGUCGCGCACUGGGAGCCACAGCCAGGAGCUCCGGCUGUCGCUGCAGUCCCACCCAGUCCCAGACCCUAUAUUUCACCACCAUCAACAGCAGCAGGAACGGUCACAAGGCCACGGCGGCAAUGGCUCCGCGCAGCAGGCGCUCUUCCCCGGCUCCGCCAAUUACUCAUUCGGCGGCAGCGCCAUGUGGGCCGAUCAGGCGCAGAGCCAGCGCAUGAUGCCGUGGAACGUGCCCGACCCAGGCGGCGGCGGCGCGAGCACCGGCGGCUACUUGUUCAACGUGUCGCAGCAGGCGGCGCACAUGCAAGCGGCGCUUGGUGGCCAAAACCAGUUCUUUUUCCAGAGGGGACCCCUUCAGUCCAGUAACCAGCCCUCCGAGCGAGGAUGGCCGGAGACCGCCGAAGCCGACAACCCGAUGCACCAACACCAAGGAGAGUUCAGCUCCACCGUGUCGGCAAUCGGGUUCGCCCCCAGCGUCGGCUUCUCCGGGUUCCGCAUCCCCGCGAGGAUACAGGGCGAGGAGGAGCACAACGGCAACGGCGAUAAGCCGCCGCCGUCUGUGUCCUCGGCUUCUCACCACUGACAGCAGCAGUGGACCACAGAUUACUUCACCACCAACCACCAUGAGCAUUGAGCACUAAACCAUGUAACAUCACCGUCAGCUCCUCAACAUGCACCCCUGUAGUUGAUUCGCUGCUGCUUCCAGAUGGAAUUGGUGAUCGCAACUGGGAGGAGCAAAGUUUGGAGCUAGCACUCUUAUGGAUGGUUGGUUGGUCGGUUUUCCGUCUCUUCUGCUGUGUCAUUGGUUUUUGCUUCAAGAACUCACUCGGAGCUUCUUAGAAUUAGUCCUGUGAGAAUGCAGCAAUUUGGCUGUAGCUGGCCUCUUUGUUGUUGCGUUACAGUAGGUUUAGUUGUUGUUCUAGUUGCUGCAGUACCUCAAGCUUGUUUACUUUCACUUGCUCUUGUUGGUGACGCAUGCACGAAUGCCUAAUGUGCUUCCUCCUGUGGUUCAGGAGCAGUGGUGCAUACUUAGAUGUUGUUCUUAACCUGAUAAGUGGAUGGGGACGGAGUCUUCCAUUCUCUCAUCCUUUUUCUUUCAUUCUGUCUUUGCUGUGAUUGUCUGUCCUAAGAUCUAAUCCUAAGUUUUAUUUAAAAUAA